AAGCUCAGCUAAAAGCUCCUCCUCACGCCUGGUCGCGUCAGAGUUCACAGGCUGAACCCGGAACUAGCAAAGCAGCGGCGGGCAAGUCGCCGGUCCUUGCGCGGUGCAGCUUUUGCCGGCGGCAGCCGCGCGGGGCUCUAAUCUGGAGGACUGCUGAGGUGCCGCCUUCGUCAUGCUGGCUGGCUGGAGGGGGGUGGCGCGGACGGCCGUGAGCGGCCUGAGCUGGGUCGGCGGCUGCAGGACCAAGCGACGGGUCAGCACCAGCUGGUCCCCGGUGGGCGCUGCCUUCAAUGCCCAGCAACAGCCGCAGCAGCACCGGUGGGAGCUGGGGAACAAAACGGGUCUGUUUGGUGUUCCUGAAUUGAAUUGUCCAGAGGGAUUUCAAGAAGCUCAAGAAAAAUCAUUGCAAGAAACAGAACGACUAGUAGAGAAAGCAUGUGCUACACCUCCUGGGCCAGAGAUAGUAAUGAUCUUUGAUCAACUAUCAGAUUCCUUGUGUAGAGUAGCUGAUCUAGCCGACUUUGUGAAAAUUGCUCAUCCUAGUCUUGCUUUCAGAGAGGCUGCAGAAGAUGCCUGCAGAAACAUUGGCACUAUGGUAGAAAAAUUAAAUACAAAUGUAGAUUUGUGUCAGAGUCUGAGAAAAUUGUUGGCUGAUAAAGAAGCCCUGGCUGCCCUUGAUCCAGAUACCAGACGAGUGGCAGAACUUUUCAUGUUUGAUUUUGAGAACAGUGGUAUUCACUUGGAUGAAGAAAAGCGCAGGAAGGCAGUAGAUCUCAAUGUCAAAAUCCUCGAUUUAUGUAAUGAAUUUCUCAUGGGAUCACAACUUCCAAAUAGGAUUGACAAACAUGUCUUACCGGAACAUAUCCGUCAUAACUUUGCAGUUGAAGGCAACUAUGUCCAAAUCGGUAAUCUCAAUGCAGAUAGUCCAGAUGAUCUGGUACGUGAAGUAGCAUACAAGGUUUUUCUGUUCCCAAAUGCUCAGCAGUUGCACUGUUUAGAGGAACUGCUUUCUAGCAGAAAUCUUCUGGCCCAGUUGGUUGGCUAUGACAGCUUUGCUCAACGGGCUCUUCAGGGCACGAUGGCCAAAACCCCAGAGAACGUAAUGCAAUUUCUUGUAAAGCUUUCAGAUAAAUUAUUCAAACGAACUCUAGAUGAUUUCAGAAUGAUGAAUGACAUGAAAAUGAAACUAAAUCCUAUGAAAUCAGAACUGAUGCCUUGGGAUCAUCCGUACUAUAGUGGUGUCCUGCGUGCUGAGAGAUAUAAUAUUGAACCCAGCCUGUAUUGCCCUUUUUUCUCUCUUGGAGCAUGCAUGGAAGGUCUCAACAUCUUGUUCAGUAAACUCUUAGGAAUCACCCUGUAUGCUGAGCAGCCUGAGAAAGGAGAAGUGUGGUGUGAGGAUGUCCGCAAAUUGGCAGUUGUCCAUGAACAAGAAGGGUUAUUGGGGUAUAUCUACUGUGAUUUCUUCCAAAGACCAGACAAGCCUCAUCAGGAUUGUCAUUUUACAAUUCGUGGAGGCAGACUAAAAGAAAAUGGCGAAUAUCAACUUCCUGUUGUUGUCCUGAUGCUGAGCUUGCCCCAUUCCACUAGGGGUUCACCAACACUACUAACUCCUGGCAUGAUGGAAAACCUCUUCCAUGAAAUGGGACAUGCCGUUCAUUCUAUGCUGGGAAGGACUCGAUAUCAGCAUGUCACUGGGACAAGGUGUUCUACUGACUUUGCAGAAGUUCCCUCUAUCUUGAUGGAGUACUUUGCAAAUGAUUACAGAGUGGUGAACCAGUUUGCAAGGCACUACAAAACAGGGCAGCCGCUGCCCAAACACAUGGUAUCAAGAUUCUGUGAAUCUAAAAAAGUUUGCGCUGCUGCUGAUAUGCAACUUCAGGUCUUUUAUGCUGUCUUGGACCAGAUAUACCAUGGUAAACAUCCCCUAGGAAAGUCAACCACAGACAUUUUAAAGGAAACGCAAGAAAAAUUUUAUGGAUUGUCAUAUGUUCCUAAUACUGCUUGGCAGCUCAGAUUCAACCAUCUUGUGGGUUACGGUGCCAAGUAUUAUUCCUACCUCAUGUCUAGGGCUGUGGCAUCCAUGGUGUGGAGACAGUGUUUUGUGCAGGAUCCCUUUAACAGGGCAAUGGGUGAACGUUAUCGCAGAGAGAUGCUGGCACAUGGUGGUGGAAAGGAACCCAUUCUCAUGGUUCAAGGUAUGCUUCAGAAGUGUCCAUCCGUUGAGGACUUUGUGGAUGCCCUUGUUUCAGACUUGGAUCAGGACUUUGAGACAUUCUUUAUGGAUUCUGAAUAACACAGAAGAAAAAGAAAUUUUUCAGACGGACAGUUUCUUUUUUUAAAAAACAUAUAAGUGGUGUACAUAGAACUGCUGUAGCUCUCAUUUGAUGUCUCUUAAAAGUGUGGAAAUUAUUGUGUAUAAUAAACAGUUUAUUUUGAGGGAGAAA